GUGCAGCGCCCUGCGAAUGCUUGGCCGGGUGUGGGUCACCUGCGGGCCUGGGAAGAUGGCCCAGAAGUUAGUGCUCCGGCGGCUGCUGUCCCUUGCCCCUCGCACACUGCCACCACCAGGACCACGGGCUGGGCUUCCACCACGAGCGCUCCAUGGCCCCCUGGUGCCCCCUGGCUUUCUAACCCCUUGCAGGACCCUGGCCACCCCAGCGGGCUGCGGGAGCACCUUUAACGUGCAGGAUGGCAGUGACUUCCAGGACCGGGUGGUGAACAACCCCAAACCUGUGGUGGUGGAUUUCCAUGCACAAUGGUGUGGCCCCUGCAAGAUCCUAGGCCCAAGGUUAGAGAAGAUGGUGGCCAAGCAGGAGGGGAAGGUGCUGAUGGCUAAAGUGGACAUUGAUGAUCACACAGACCUUGCUAUUGAAUAUGAGGUGUCAGCAGUGCCGACUGUGCUGGCUAUGAAGAAUGGAGAUGUUGUGGAUAAGUUUGUGGGGAUAAAAGAUGAGGAUCAGCUAGAAGCAUUCCUCAAGAAACUCAUCGGAGCCUGAAGUAAAAAGGUGGCUGUACCUCUGCCUCUGGAUGCAUCCAUGUCAUGCAUUCCUUGCCUGGAAGAGCUGAGGGGCAUGUGAUCUGCCCGCCUUGUACAACCUGGGGUUUUAUUCUGUUUUGGGGGUUGUAGGAGAUGAACAAUAUUGUAACCUUUCCUUCCCACUUCCCACUUUUCCUGGGCAGCAUUAGUUGUAAAAGGUGCUGAGGAGCAUUGCUGCUUGUUCUCAAAGUGGGGAGUGUUGCUGGAAUUAGGAGCCCAUCUUUAUCAGCAAAUUGCUGAUGUGUGAACCUGCUGCUGAGUUAGAGGAGGAAUGUUUUUUCCCUUUGCCUAGUGUCAGAUAGCCCAGAGCAGAGGGCAGCUACUUCCUGCAAGACAUGGAUGCAUACGUGUCCUGAGUGGAUUUGUUUAAAGCUGAGAAUGUCUCUCCAUUGUCUGUGAAACUUGUGUCCUUGUCCUUCUGUUGUCAUGUUGCUGGGACACAUGAACCUUCUGCAAAUCUGUGGGCUCCUGUCUUUUUAUAAAAGAAAAUAAAGAGAAGUAUUUUAUGGGUGUCCUUUUAUAGGUCUAUAAUAAAGAUAAUUUUAUUGGUCACUUCUGUCUACUUGGAGAAUAAAACUUGAUAUUCUGAAA